AUGCGUGAAAUCGUCCACCUCCAGACUGGCCAAUGCGGUAACCAGAUCGGUGCCGCUUUCUGGCAGCAGAUCUCCAGCGAGCACGGUCUCGACAGCAAUGGAGUGUACAACGGCACGUCUGAGCUCCAGCUGGAGCGUAUGAGCGUGUACUUCAACGAGGCCUCGGGCAACAAGUAUGUGCCCCGCGCCGUCCUGGUCGAUCUCGAGCCCGGCACAAUGGAUGCUGUGCGCGCCGGUCCUUUCGGACAGCUCUUCCGGCCUGACAACUUCGUUUUCGGCCAGUCGGGUGCCGGCAACAACUGGGCCAAGGGUCACUACACGGAGGGUGCCGAGCUUGUGGACCAGGUGCUCGACGUCGUCCGCCGCGAGGCUGAGGGCUGUGACAGCCUCCAGGGCUUCCAGAUCACGCACUCCCUGGGCGGUGGCACGGGUGCCGGUAUGGGCACCCUGCUAAUCUCCAAGAUCCGCGAGGAGUUCCCCGACCGGAUGAUGGCCACGUUCUCGGUGAUGCCGUCGCCCAAGGUGUCGGACACGGUUGUGGAGCCGUACAACGCGACUCUAUCGGUGCACCAGCUGGUGGAGAACUCGGACGAGACGUUCUGUAUUGACAACGAGGCGCUGUACGACAUCUGCAUGCGUACGCUGAAGCUGCCGAACCCGUCUUACGGCGAUCUGAACCACCUGGUGUCGGCGGUGAUGUCGGGUGUGACGACGUGCCUGCGAUUCCCGGGCCAGCUGAACUCGGAUCUGCGCAAGCUGGCGGUGAACAUGGUGCCGUUCCCGCGUCUGCACUUCUUCAUGGUCGGCUUUGCGCCGCUGACCAGCCGGGGUGCGCACUCGUUCCGGGCGAUUACGGUGCCGGACCUGACGCAGCAGAUGUUUGACCCGAAGAACAUGAUGGCGGCGUCAGAUUUCCGCAACGGUCGCUACCUGACGUGCUCUGCCAUCUUCCGCGGCAAGGUGUCUAUGAAGGAGGUGGAGGACCAGAUGCGCAACGUGCAGAACAAGAACUCGUCGUACUUUGUGGAGUGGAUCCCGAACAACGUGCAGACGGCGCUGUGCUCGAUCCCGCCGCGCGGCCUGAAGAUGUCGUCGACGUUUGUCGGCAACUCGACGGCGAUCCAGGAGCUGUUUAAGCGCGUGGGCGACCAGUUCACGGCCAUGUUCCGGCGCAAGGCUUUCCUGCAUUGGUACACGGGUGAGGGCAUGGACGAGAUGGAGUUCACGGAGGCCGAGUCCAACAUGAACGAUCUUGUCUCAGAAUACCAGCAGUACCAGGAUGCCGGUGUGGACGAGGACGAGGAGGAGUACGGUGUUGAGGAGGAUGGUGUUGAGGAGCACGAGUAA